GCUGUUCAACUUGUCAAAAAAAAGUAUUAAGUGUAUUUCUAUUUCAAAGAUUUUAUACAAUUUUACAGAUUACUUGUAUACAAAUUAAAUUGGAAAUAUGUUAUUACGCCAUGGGCUAAGGUGUACUUGGAAUAAACAGAUUAGAGACUCUACACUACAAUUGGGCCAAACAACAAAUCGUUCACUAUUGCAUCAUGUUGGCUUAAAUUCGGCAAAUACACAAACAUCACUGAGCCAUCGUUUGGUGCUACGGUCCAUUCGAAGCUCAGCACGUUGUAAGAACUCGUCACGUCCUGCCCUUCAGCCAUUUGAGCCGCCUAAUGGGUCGGUACCUUCUGGUAAUGUUUUCAAGGCUUUAGUGUUUACCGGAGCGUUUAGUUUGGGUUCAUUUUUGGGAGCCACGGUCUUGGAGUACGAAAAUACACGCAAUAUGAUGUUGGAAAAGGCCCGACAAGCUAAACUAGGUUGGUUAAGAAAAAAACCUAGUGCAGAUGAUUCCUGGGAAAAUAUCAAACGUGACAUACGUCGUUUAUGGGAUCAGUUAUCGCCAGGUGAAAAGGUUUUUGCGCCACUUUGUGCUUUCAAUGUUUUAGUGUUUGGUCUAUGGAGGGUUCCAUCUUUAAGAGCCCCCAUGAUGAAAUAUUUUUGUUCAAAUCCGGCUGCACGCACUGUUUGUUGGCCCAUGUUUUUGUCAACUUUCAGUCAUUAUUCGGCGUUCCACUUGUUUGCCAACAUGUAUGUUUUGCAUAGUUUUUCGAAUGCCGCCAUUCUUUCAUUAGGAAAGGAACAAUUUUUAGCAGUGUACCUAAGUGCUGGCGUGAUAGCCAGUCUAACAAGUGUUCUAUAUAAAGCUCUUACAUUGCAAGCUGGGCUUUCUAUAGGAGCGUCUGGAGCUAUAAUGGCAGUUUUGGCUUAUGUUUGUGCUCAAUAUCCUGAUACACAAUUAAGUAUAUUAUUUUUACCUAUGGUAACAUUUUCGGCCGGCUCAGCUAUUAAGGUGAUGAUGGGUAUUGAUUUAGCAGGUUGUAUAAUGGGUUGGAAAUUCUUUGACCAUGCUGCACAUUUGGGAGGAGCCAUAUUUGGACUAUUUUGGGCAUUUUAUGGUAUGGACUUAUGGCAAAAACGUGUCCCAUUCCUAACAAUGUAUCAUGACUGGCGUAAGACUAAAUAGUUUUGUAUUACUAGUUAUUUUUAUCAAAAAUUAAAUUAAAAACGACAUAUUCUAUUUACAUAAUUUAAUGAUCUAAUAGUACAUUGUUAUAGUGUUUUAAUCAAAACAAAAUAUAUUUUCACUUGUUUUUCUACAACAA